CAUCUGUGCUAAAUUGCUCCAACAUUUGUUAAACGAAUAUUAACAAACUUUUCGGACUAUCUACAUUUUAGAUUUAUGAUUGUGGCUAUUUACAAAGGUCUUAGUAAAGGGCCCAAUAUUGGAAUUGGAAAAGACUUAUCUAUCUUAAAAGUGACAUAUUGGAAGAUAAAAUGGACUCAAGUAAGAUUUCAUCAGGUCCCGCAGAGGAACAAAUUAAGUGUACCGUACCUGCACCAGAAAAGGCGCAUACAAAGAAAGAGGAAAACAGAUCUGUGUCGUGUAGUUCUGCUGAAGAUUCUAAAGUAGAAACACCGAAGCUCGAUAAUCGAAGAAAAGGUGAGUGUGAAAAAGAAACCAUUACUGGAGAUGCACCUGAAAAUCAAGACAAACACACUUUGAAAGAAAGAUCGCCUACGAGUGAUAGAUAUAAAAGUAAAGACAAAUCGAGCUCAGAUAUGCAAGUUUCACCCGAGGUUUCUAAAAUUCAUAAAAGACAGAGCGAACGAGACAUAGAGAUGCAAAACACUCCGAAUGUUUCCAAUUCCAUGGACAGUAUAGAAAAAUUCGACGAAUGGCCAAAUUCCAAGGAAAAUGUACGAAAAAGGAAGAAGCCGGUUAGCAAGCCCGAUAAAAACAGAAUGUCGACAUUGUCGUUAAAAUCCCUAAGUGAGAGCGUCCACGAGAAAGUGCAUGUCAGUCAUGACGUCAUACAGGCGUUGUUAGUUCGAGUCCUUCUUUUCAUCCACAGCUGCCUGUGCGUUUGGAGAACAGCAGACGUCAAAAAUGACGACCUCUACUGGCUACUAGCCUUGACCAACGUCCUGCUCGUCAUCGAGGCUCUGUACACGUGUAUCUUCCGAAAAGGAAGGGAUCCAAAAUGGAUCUGUCCUUGUUUCGUCCUUUAUUUACUUGGAACUGUGCCUGCUAUAUGGUUUCUCCAGUUGGAUGUACUAGAGAGAAAGUUUAAUGUGAACAUUACAACUAAUUCUUCAUCAGAGGAACUCUCUACAUUCUACGGGGUAAAGUUAGUCCCAAUAGCACUUGAUGCCGAGACGUGGGCCUCCAUUUUACAACAGCUGCUUUUGUUUGUCCUUGUUAUUGGACGGAUGCUGCUGCCACGUGGACAUUUAUCACGUGAUGAAUUAUCGCAAACACUCUUCAUCUUCAUUGGUUCCGGAUCUGACGUCAUGGAAUUCUUCGUCGUGUUCGAAGAUCCUGUCUUCUACACAAACAAAGGACUGAAAUACGCCACACUCAUCAUCUGGAGUAUAAGUCUGUUACAGUUUAUCUUCGUGAUUGCGGUUGCCAAGGGACCUAAACGGUUCCGCUUAGGAACCAUGGUCGACGAAAAGGAGAGCGAACACAAGAAUUUUGGGGCUGAAUUGUGGGGCCUGCUCAUAUCGAUUACUUUUAUGGAUGGUCCGUAUUUCGCUCUCCGGAUAUACGCUAUUACUGUACACAAGGUGCUGAGUUUUGGAAUACUCUUCUUCACGUGUAAAAAUGUGUUGAUGUUGAUUCUGCUUUUCUAUCGGCUGUUCAUUGUUGUUAUGAAAAUCAGAUCCAAACGAAAAGACGCACCAAAGAAAAACCUUGAUACUUUUUGAUAAUACAAUCAAUCAAAAAUAU